CGGCGAGAUUCGAAGCAUCCUCUCACCUCCAUGGAAAUGCGAGUGGCGCCACAAUAGGGAGGGUGAAAAGGUGACGUUCUCCACAAAAGUCCACGCGCUAUGGCUGUUUACCUACUGUGCGAGCCUGUGUUAUGCCUUGGCUUGAGUUUGUGAUGCCGUCGACGAAGCAAGUCAAGCAUCGUGCAUAUGCAAGAACUGGCUGCAAACCCUGCAAGACCCGCAAGGUCAAAUGCGACGAAGCGAAGCCCCAAUGCAAUCGAUGCCAACGAAGUGGUCGAAACUGUGAUGGAUACGUCGACGUUGUCACGCAACAUCGAAAAGCGGAAUCAUUCAAGUUCGUCAAUUACAUAAGCCACGGACCGUCGUUCUCUGCAGCUCUUUUCCUACACGACACACGACAACGACAGGCUUUCGAAUUCUAUCAGCUGCGAUCAUCUCUGGAACUGUCUGGUCCUUUCCAAGAAGAGACAGAAGUGUGGAACAGGCUGGUGCUACAGGUGGCAUAUCAUGAAACAGCCAUCCGCCAUGCGGUCUGCGCUCUAGGAUGCUUUCACCAAGAAUAUGAAGACGAGACUCUCUAUGCUUCUGGUUUUUUGAGCACGGGCCUGGAACAAUACUCGUACGCGAUCAAUGCUCUUGUCGCCGCAAAAGGAAGCCGUAGGUGCAUGGAGGUGACCUUAAUAGCUUGCAUCAUGUUCACGUUCUGCGAGCAUCUACAGGGACAUCUCGGCUCGGCCAAGGCCCAUGUGCACAGUGGUUUGAAGCUCCUCGACACUUAUGUGACCGUGUCUAGAGAAAUGGACCGAGCUGGACCAACAAAUUCUGAUCCUUACCGACCAUACUUUCCGCUCACGAUACUGAUCCUCCUGUUCAGACGGCUGGAUCGCCAGCUGGCGGAAUUUGGGCAACAGCCUGUGCGUUCAGCUCAUCACUCUCUAGGUUGUCAGACUUCAUAUCUGCCAGAUCGGUUUCAGUCGGUAGCAGCAGCUUCUGGAUCACUCGAAGACAUUGUUGAUCAGCUUAUCGGAGUUACACUAGAAGCUACCACUAGACAACUUGUCAAGUGUUCUAGUGAGAUGGCUGCGUUGCGUGGAACCUGGUACAUACGACUUUCGCAACAACUCGAUCAGUGGAAAAGGGCCUUUGACAGACUUUCCACUCUAGAAUCGACACGAAAUCAAGACCGAGCGAAUCACCACCACCAUGAAGCAGUCCUUAUCCUCCGUCUCUGGUAUUCUUCGUGCCGCCUCUUUCUGCUUCUUGACUCUCCGAACGAGGUCAUGGAUUAUGAUGGAGGCAUGCCGAUGUUCCAGUCAAUGGUCGAUGUUGCUCAAGGAUUGCUGGAUGUUCAGAACAAAUGCGAAUAUGAAUCAAUGGUGCCGACUACACAGAAACGCGAGAAGGCCUCGGCUCCGAUAAUCGAGGCAUUCAUGGUCCCCAAGUCUAAAUACGAACCCUGUGAACUCGGAUGUUUUGAGGACAACGGCUUUGCCACAUUACGGCCGUCAUACUUCUCCCGUUUACCGAUGUUGAGCAAAGCCGUUUUUACAUGCACGGCUUUGUCCCCAGUACCCCCGCUGUUCAUCGUCGUCACCCGGUGUCGUGAGCCAAAGUUACGACGUCAGGCAUUGCGAAUCCUCUCUCAACUCAAUCGACGUGAUGGUUUCUGGGACUCAACCCUAGCUGCCAUGUGUGCUGGAACUCUAUUGUACUCAGAGGAGCUCGACACGGCCGAUUUGAGCGACCAAAGAGGGAAAGCCCAAGGUCCGAUGAAAACUGGAUCUGCGAAGCAAAUUAUUCCCGCUGGUGCUCGAAUGCUGGGUGUUCGGCCACAUUUUGGUCAAGGGAGAUUGUUGACUCUGGAAUUUUUAAAAGCGCAACAGCAGCAUGAGAUCCUGCGAUGAUCCGUUGCAUAACAAAAGGACAUGCUUCGGUGAGUCCCCUUUGACAAAACUUCAAGUGGACUGCAUGCAGGAUGUGAUGCAAAUGGCUUCGAGUCGUCUGACUAUGUCCGAGCCGCGGGCCCACGCGCUUCGGUAGAGUUGCAUCC